AUGGACAACUUUAAGGCAUUCGGCAGUAGUCUGAGCAAUAUCGGCUCGCAGAUUACGCCUUUCGCUUCGCGUACUUUUCAGUACACAAAGGAGCAGCUGGGCCAGGCCGAGGACAAGACUCAGCUUCCACCCGAUUAUAUCGACCUCGAGAAACGUGUUGAUGCUCUCAAGCAGGUCCAUCAAAAGAUGCUUGCAGUGACCUCACAAUACUCCCACGAAGCGUACGAUUACCCUGCCAACAUCAAGGAGAGCUUUUCGGACCUAGGCCGUACUGUUAGCGAGAAGGUUCAGCUUCUCUCCUCCGCCACUACCCCCGCCGAAGCCCAAGCUGCCUUAACCGCCCCCCCUACCGCGAAGCCGCAGCCAAAGACUUUCUCCCACGCCAUCGCUCGCGCCAGCUUAACGAGCUCCCAGCUUCUGCACCAGCAACACACCGGCGCCGGCGAGGAUCCCCUUGCGGCCGCGCUCGAGAAGUAUGCGUUGGCUAGCGAGCGACUAGGCGAGGCUCGCCUCGCGCAGGACGCUCAGAUCCAGAGCCAUUAUCUGGCUGGAUGGAACACCACAUUGAACACCAACUUGAUGUUCGCGACGCGCGCGCGCAAGAACGUCGAGAAGGCGCGUCUGACGCUCGACUCUGUCAAAGCUCGCGCCAAGGGAACCACUUGGAAGAUCGGUCCCACGUCUCCGCGCGAAGAUCACCCCACGGACGAACUGAGCCCCGAGGCUCAGGAGGAGAUCGAAAAGGCCGAGGAUGAUUUCGUCACUCAGACUGAAGAGGCCGUCAGUGUUAUGAAGAAUGUCCUCGACACCCCUGAACCCCUUCGCAAUCUUGCAGAGCUUGUCGCUGCUCAGCUCGAGUACCACAAGAAGUCUGCUGAGAUCCUGAGCGAGCUUGCUCCCGUCAUUGAGGGCCUUCAGGUUGAGCAGGAGGCCAACUACCGCAAGAGCCGCGAGAGCGCUUCUUAG